UUAUGACGUAAUUAACCAAGCCCGUUCUAAAAAUACACAAUUGCCAUAUACGUCCCAGAAAUCAACACGAACUCAUUAAAUAAACGACAUACCAAAAUAUUGCCAUAUCUUCCAAUUUUAGUUUCGAAAGUUUUGCUUUUUUGUACAGUAUUUCGGUUGUUGUUUUAAACGUUUAAGCUAUGAGUUUUCUUGCUAGAGCAUUUGGCGGCGGUGGGGCAAAACAAAAGCAAGGCCCUUCCCCUCAAGAAGCGAUUCAGAGGUUGCGAACCACCGAGGAAAUGCUUCAAAAGAAAAGCGAACAUUUGGAGAAGAAAAUUGAUCAAGAGUUAAACAUUGCGAAGACGAAUGCCAGCAAAAAUAAGCGAAGUGAGUUCACUUUUUUGUAGUAGUAGUUAUAGAAGUAGAGUACAGAAUGUUAUGUAGCUUAUAAAUGUGGUUGGUUUUUGCUAGUCUGUUAAAAAUUAUGGCAAAGUAUGAAAUUAUUAAAAUAUAUUGCCCUUUGAAAGAAUUGUAGGUAUUUUGGGGACAAUUUUGACAUAUUGUAAGGCUGUGAAAAUUAUGUAGAAGCGAGCCGGUCUGCUGGCCUAGCACAGGCUGUUGGCCUAGCUCGGCGAGCCAGUCUGUUGAGCCAGCUCGGCUCGCUUUAUUAAAAAAAAAUUCAAAUUUAACACAAUUAGACAGUUGUAUUAACAGGCUUGCUCACAAAAACGAAGCUCCCAGGCACAACACUGUAAAUGCCCAGUCAAAUGAGUUGAGAAGCGAGAGAGAUUCCCUGGAUAUUACCGCGCAUGUAGCGAAAGCAUUCAUCAAAAUUUGAACCAGCUCAAAGUUGAUGACAGUGCACAAAAGUUGAUGAGAGUUGGCAGUAAAAUGCAAGAGAGAGUUGCAACUCUCAUCCUUAUUUGACCGGGGCUUAAUAUGCACCACAGUUGCCAUCCACAGUACGGUCUUAAGGUGGUUUUCCACUAGGCGAAUUUUUUCGAAGGAAUCAAUUUUCUUUUGUCUUACAAGCACUCAGAUGGAACUAAUCAGAAAUCUUUUGAAUGUCAACAAUAGAAAUUUUGGUUCAAUCGAAAAAUUUUGCCUAGUGGAAAACCGCCUUAAGUCAGCCUGCCGUCUAACUGUCUUAUGGAUGGCCCACUGGAAAGUUUGUGUUGCACAACCCAGAUCUUAGGCAUGCCAUUUUGAUGUCAAACUCACUAUAUAUUUCCUACUACAAAUACAUGCAUGGAACAACCCCUCGCUUUUACUAUCCAAACAUUAUUUCAACAUGAAGUAUUCUUAAUUACACAAACACUGAACUCAGGCUUGUAUUGCUCACUUCAUAUUAGCCAUGGCAAUGGGAGACAUCCAUACUCAAGUUAUCACAGAAAACAUCUGACAUUUUUGAGUUGGUGGGUUUUGACUUUUGAGAUAACAGUGUAGCAGUAAAUGAUAACCAAGCAUUGUUUUUUUUUUAUCUGGAAAUAGUUAUUAUACACAAUAAAAUUUCCCUGGUACUUACUUUAAACUUUUAGUGCAUUUUAGCUGUUCAUGCCCAAUACCUAGAAUGCCAAACUUAAAUCGAUAUUUUUAAAGAUGAUGGAAUCAAUUGGUUACAAAAACUGUUACAAGUGCACCAAAUACUGAUACUACAGAAAGCUCAAGUAGCUGUAGCUGAUAUUUAAAUUUUCUUUUAAAGGUGCCUUAAAUGCAUUAAAAAGAAAAAAGAGACUGGAGAAACAACUUCAACAAAUUGAUGGAACACUUUCAACCAUCGAAUUCCAACGACAAGCACUGGAAAAUGCAAACACAAAUACGGAAGUUUUGAACAGUAUGAAAUAUGCUGCAAAUGCACUAAAACAGGCUCAGCAAUUGUAAGUGUUUUUAAUGAUUUUACUGAUCAGGGUGAAUAGCUACAGUCAAAAAUUCCGCGUUAAACGCGGUUUUCCCAAUUACCUUGAGGUCGCAAUUUCCCAAUUUGGGUCAGCCAAAAAAUAGUUAUAGAAAUUCAAUGUUGUUUUAAAUACGCCAUUAAAAACAUGUUUAUAACUACAUUUGCUCAAAAUUACUCCCAAAAUGCGGGAAAUGCCAUUUCAAAGACACAAAAAUUUUAAAAAUCGAGAGGGGGCAACCGCAUGCCCCGAGACCCACAAAGAAAUGCCCGGUUUCAGGCUAAAAAUAAAUUUCCCAAUUUCAGGUAAACGCGGAUUUUUUUUACUUCUGGCUAACACCCUGCUGAUGUCCGAGGAUGUACAUGCACUUCUAAAUCGGGGUCUGAAAUUUAUAUUUUUUCUCAAUAUCCAACUGGGAUACCAGAAUUCAAAGUUUAGUAUCCCCCUCCUGAGAAUCCAGUAUGCCACUUCUGGAUACUGGUUACCAGUGCCAUAAGUAUUAUACCCUGUCCCAUCAAAAUAAGUUUUCAUAAUUCUCACUGUUACAAAUUACAAUUUAUAACAACAGGAGACCCAACAGUCAACAACUAAACAAUUCAUGAAUGCACUAAAAUGCACAUAAGCCUUCAACAAACUUUUAUAUGCUCGUCCUCAAUGAGGAAUGACUGGUGGUAAACCUUUAACCUAGGGGUGCACCGGAACCAGUUUUUUAAGUUCCGGCCGGAACCGGAUCCGACCGGAACUGGAAAAAAGUUCCGGCCGGAAGUUCCGGCCGGAACCGGAACUAAUUUAUUAAGCCAUAUAUAGUCAUAUGUUACUUUGUCCGCUGUCAGACAGGCAGACACUUCAAGUCAUAAAGGAGAGAGCUCGCAAAUGUUAGAAUAAAAAGAUUGACAAGCGUUAAACGUCAUAAUGAAGUGUUAAUAGUGUACAUUUCCCUUGCGUAGUCCAAAUUUCUUCCUGCUGUGACCUUUUGUUAGACACAAAAACGUUUGAUAUUCUAUCUCUCUGAAAACAACAGAGUUCCGGUUCCGGCCAUGCUUUUUUUACUAGUUCCGGCCGGAACCGGAACUCUAAAAAAUCAUGGUUCCGGCCGGAACUAACCGGCUGGAACCGAGUUCCGGUGCACCCCUACUUUAACCCAUUGAGUCACAUUGCCCCCAUGAUUCGCCCUACUUUAUUAUUUUACUUUGCCUAAUGCCAGACGAUUUUACUUGGCAAGAGGAGAGCACUGGUGCUUAAUGAGUUAAAGAAAUUAGCUGGCAGUAAAAUUUUAACACCCAAUUGAUAAUGAAACUUGAAAGCCCUGAUUAAAUAUUUCACCUUUAGAAAUUUUUAGUGGAAAGGAUUGCUGCGAGUUUGGAGACCAUUGUUUGCCUUUAAAUGGUGCAAGUUGCUUUACUACAGUACUAUACUCUGCCUCACAUUUCAUUUUACUCAGUAUAGCAGCUAUUGUCAACCUGUCCUCAUUUUAGGUUGGCAAAAUGUGACCGGUAUUGCAUACUUGUAUAAUAUUUACUUUUCUAAUAGCUUGCCAAAACUAGUUUGCAGUUACCCUGCAUAUGUUGUGGGUGGGGUGAGUUAAUUAGAGUUGGGGACAGAGAAACAUUUGAGAAUUUAGGCCUCAGAAUGUAAAUUUGGUCACGGACAUUGUCCGACCCAUUCGUGAAAUUGUCCGACGUAGAAAGGAAACCACCGGACAUUCCGUCCAACCUAAGUGAAACUGAGGUUUAUUGUUUGUCCGACCCGAGUGAAUUGGUGUCCGACCGAACUGUAGCUUUGUCUGACGUAAAUCAGUAUGUACCCCAGCCCAGGACUAGAGGCUCGUAUGUUAAAUGGAAAAUCAGAGCACUAUUGUAUAAAAAGUAAACUGGAAAUGUUUUAACAUAGUCAAGUGCGGGGCGGCGAGUGAAAUGGUGAAGUGGAAAACGGGCUUAAGUUGUCGAAGUCUUUUUUUAAUACUGCUGUUCUGGCAAGCAAGUUAAUUUUGGCUUGGAAAUAAGUAUGAAAGAAACAAAUUAUUUAAUAUCUUUACAACAUUUACCGUUUAUUCAUUUGUGUCAUUCAGACUUAUUUCUGAGUCAAAACUGAACUGAAGGUCAUCGGACAUAUGUCCGACCCAAACUCAACGUCACCGGACAUUUUGUCAGACGGCCCUGUAAAAGAUAUUUUAAGGCCUGCAAUUUGGUUAAAUAGGAAACAUCACUCGGGAGCCACUAAGCUUUGAAAGACACCUACAAACCAUGGUCAGGGAGAAAAUCACACAAAUCUGACUACAGCGGUAUAAAAUUUGCUAAUGAAGACUGCAAAAUUUCUAAUCUGCUUUGCUGUAUCGCCAUUUAUUGAACUAUGUUAUAGCUACAAAACUAGAUUAGCAAGGGAAUUUAUUGAUUGAAUCAGAUUUGCAGUUACCUCAAGUCAUUUGCAGUCACUGUGGAUCCCAAACUAAAAUCUGACACCUGUGCUUUGCUGACCUCAUUUUUAGCUUCAACCUCGUUCCCAGGCUCUUUGCUCUUGUGAAGCAAAGAGCCUGGGAACGAGGUUGGCUGUAGGUAGCGUGUAGUGUUCUUUCCUUGCAAUUGAAAUAUGAUUCAGCUUCUUGUUUGAAAUGUAACUCAACACUCAUUAUUGAUGACAUUGUGUCAUGAUAAAUAGAAUUUUUAGUAAACAGUUUAUUUCACGAUUUCUUGUUGCAAAUUACAUUUUUAUCACCAGAAACUAGAACACAUAAGUUGCAAUUUUCCAAACACGACAAACCACUCCUCUACCACCCUACCCAUAGACACAAUUUAUUUUAGCAUGCAGAAUCUGCAUGCCACGUGACCAGCCCCAGCCAGGGUCUUUGCUUCACAAGAGCAAAGAGCCUGGGAACGAGGUUGUUUUAGCUUACGUAUGCUCAGGCUUGAUAUAAGGAAACGGAGAUCUCCUCCCUUGGGAACUAAUGGGUUAAUACUUACUGUACAUAAUAGUCAUACACCACAUACCUUACUCAGCAAAGUUCGUAUUUUAUAGAGAUGUUGAUGAUGUUCAUGACAUGAUGGAUGACAUCAGUGAACAACAUGAUGUUGCAAAUGAAAUUGCAAAUGCAAUCUCAAGUCCUGUUGGAUUUGGUCAAGACAUUGAUGAGGUAACAUUCCUAAGCAUUAAGUAAACUGUGAAAAAUAUCCUUAACAUGCCUCGUUCGCAUAAACAGACACUAGUCUGUUACGGUACUACUGGUAUAUUACAGUAUGUCAAUACUAUCAUACAAAGUAACAUUGGUUAAAUAAACUCAGAUGUGGUUACCACCAGAUAUUUUUCGGUAAGUAGGACCAGUAGGUUUGUGGAUGGAUGAAUGGACAAAGUCCUAGAGUACGAAAGGAUUACUGGUAACACAUUUUGCACAUGAAAGUACUACAGAUAGGACCAAAGUAUUGGAGCGUCAAAAUAUUAGUACAAUGGGCACAUUUAAAAACAUUUGUGAUCUGUGUGCAGUUAAAGCUCUUUCUCACAAACACAUUUUUAAUUAUUUUUCAACCUUGCCACCAGAGCAUUGCCUUCCCAGACUUGGAAAAAGUGUUUAAUUAAUUAACCCAUUGAGUGCCAGCGCUAUUCCCUUGACAAGUAAAAUUGCAGUGUUUGGUUUACAGUAUUUAUAUACUUAUGUAUAGCGUUUUCCACAAUGUGUCUGACCAGGUCUGGAAAAGUUUUAAUGUUCCUCAAAUCCUGAAUUUGCCUUUUUCGAAUGUUAACCAUACCUUACUCUGUUAUGCAUGUAGAUCAAGGAAGUGUGAUAUACCGAUUCCAAGAUUCUCCCAUAACGUAUAAGUGAAAAAUUGAAAAUAUUCAUCAAUCUUUUUGCGAAGGCAAAUGUUUCUCACGAUCCUGAGAUCCCACUAUUUGCAAUUCUUCACUUUCAUAGAGAGCAUUUUCAAAUGGACUUGUAUACUAUAAUUUAACAAACUAGUACUGUGACAGACAACUACUCACUUUGCUUUAAGGGAAUGGUUAUUGUGUUACUUAUAGUGGAUGUCUUUUGCAACAUCUGUAAUAUGCUGUCAAAACUACAUGCAAUCUAUCAAUAUUCUUUAAAUUUAACAAAUAUCUUGGGUUUUUGUUAGGAUGAGUUAAAUGCCGAAUUGGAAGAGCUUGAACAAGAGGAACUAGAUGAAAGAUUAUUGGAUGUUGCAGGAACAGCACAAUUACCAUCAGUUCCUGAUACUGAAGUGCCUGUCCCAGCUGGUACAAAAUAUUCUUUAUAUUUUAUUCUUGUUUUUGUAAUUGCCUUUCCAAAUCCAAAAAAGAGGAUUGGAUAAGAAAAUUGACAUACACAGUACUACUAGCUUUUUAAGCUUUCAAAGCUAGGAGAGGUGCACACCCUCCUGCACCAAAACCCCAAGUAAAUCUUUAUUGACAUUUUCAGCAUAGAAAUUGCUGGGUAUAUUGUAAUGAAAUUAGAUAUUUGCAAAUUAGUUUUUUGCUGAUGAAAUUCAGCUGAUGAUAUCUGGCAACCUUGACUGUGAAACAUUUUAUCAAGAUGAUGAUUUUUUUACUACAUGGUUAUAUCAUAGUCACAUAGUGGCACUUAAGAGAUUCUGACAUGUUGUGAUUACUGUUUUCAAGGUCGAGAACGAAAGAAAGUUGCUGUGACAGAUGAUGAUGACAUGGCAGAACUCCAAGCUUGGGCUUCCUAAGUGAUGAAAUGUAUAUAUGCUGCACUUUCAGGAAAAUGCAGAUGCCAAAAUGUCCUGAAUUGAAACUAAUGAAUAUCUUUUUUAUUGCAAUAUGCAUAUUUUGUUUGUGUAUUACAGUAUAAAUUAAACUGUUAUUGGUUCAGAGAAAUAUGUAUAUUGCAACUUGCAAACAAAUUCAUGAAUGAGCAAGUAUAUAAAAGAUGAAAUUGGUUGUAUCAGCUGUUUAAAUUUAUUAUUUUUUACUUUGCAAACUUGAGGUUAAGGGUAGUUCCAGUUAGGUUAUGUUCAAUUUAUGGAGCUGCUGUGAUUUUCCAUAAUUUUAGUUGAUGCUGGUAUAUAUAUAAAUGUCCCAAAAUAUCUUGAUAGUUGAUAAUAAAUUUGUUAUAUACAUAUUUACAUAUACCCUAACGGAAACUAUGUCACGUUCGCUAUAUGAGCCUUUGUGACAUUAGUUAAAUUUAACUGACACAUUGAUGGAAGUGAUUUUCAUCACACAGUAAGUCGGGUUAACCCGUGGGUUAACCCAGUGUGAGUCCCCUUGCCAAUUAAGAACCCAGUGUGAGUCCCCUUGCCAAUUAAGUAAAACCAUCUGCUGUUAGAAAAGUGAGAUACUGAUGUGGCAUGCGUUUGGGAACAUUGCUGUUUAAUCUAAACAACCCCCUGGCCUCUCUUCCGUGAUAACUUCGGGCAUAAUGUUAGAUUAGUGUGCAUGAGUAAAGUAAAAAAAAAACCUACAAUUGCUGAGCUUGCUUUAGUGCAUACAGCAUAUUUAAAUCAUAGUAGAUAUUUUUAAGCAUGAUAGAAUAAGUAAUUUGCAAAUUAAACAAACCUCAAUGGCUUGAAAAUGUUAAGAUGGUGGAAAAAUUGCAAUACCUGUAGAAUAUAUACAGUAGAAUAAUUAGAGUAAUGUAAUGUUUAUGUUAUGUGCACUUUGACUAGUAUAGUUUUGAGCAAGUGUGAAUAAAUUGUAGUU